AACUUGGUUUUGAAGGGAGAGCGCCCCGCCCUCUUGGUACUUAAAACCAGAAAGCCUGUUUGCAGGACGCUCAAACAUAACAGGAACACUGGAGACCACAUCGCUGUACAUGAACCAUACCUGGAAGCGAACUCUGGCUACAAAGACUUUACGGAUUACUCUGGCUCUUUCGCCUUUUUACGGCAAGCAAACGAGCAGAAGUGGCCAUGGAUUUUCUCAAUCACAACUAUCUGAAUGCGCGCAGCCCAUAUGACUAUACUUUUAAUUUUUGGAACGACUAUCUUGGGCUGACGACGUUGGUUACGAAGAAUAAUAAGCUCAGCAUGCCCCAAAAUCCCAACUCCAUCACUGAGUCCCUGAAAGCGACUCUGGGCUUGGACGAUUCCCCGGCGUGUCCGUGCUUAAUCGCGGGCGCCGUUGGAGAAAGCGGGCACCUGGAUUGUUGCUGCCCGUCCGGGAGCCCCCCACCAGCUUCCAUCCUGGACUUGAAAGAGCGCUUCUCGAUACUGAGCCCCUUCCAAAACCAGCUCGGCGUCCAGCUGCCGGAGCGGGAGGUGGGCUUUGGUGGGAGCUUCGCUGGGUUCGAUCUGUUCGGCAUGGAGAAGAAGAUGCGCAAACCCGCUUCCAGAAGCAAACAGGAGCCCAAAAUCUGCGUCUUCUGUCGAAAUAACGGAGCGCCCGAAGAGGUGUACGGCUCUCACGUCCUGAAGACUCCGGACGGCAGGGUUGUGUGCCCGAUUCUGAGGGCUUAUACCUGCCCCCUUUGCAGUGCCAACGGGGACAAUGCUCAUACGAUAAAAUAUUGUCCACUGUCAAAAGACCAGCCAUCCCAGCGACCAUUAAAGGGUGGGAGGGCUGUGGGUGGUAAGAGGAUGAAAAUAUUUUAAACAAGCAAGACUAUAAAGUAAAAUAAAUUGCACUGAACAAUUUCCAGAUGACUGUUUUGAUUUCGGCUCUAGCCUUUAUUCCAGUUUCAUAAACAUAUUGAUUUUAUCUUUUUUGUUUCUCUAAGAUCUCUUAUAUUUUUAUAGUUCCUUUAUUCACAUAGAAUAAUUUUAUGCUUUAUACAUUGGAUUUAUUUUUCUUUAUAGUCUGUAGGCAUUUGAGUGUGGGUAUGCAUACACAUAUGUAUCAAUAAUCACAAAGUGUGAGUAAAUAAAAAAGUAUUUUGGUCAUGUAGGGAACACACUGACAUUGGCAAAGGGGAUGAAUGUCAUAGCCUUUUUCUACCAAGUAUUUUUGUAUGGUGAGCUAAGCUUGCCACGAUUUUCUUUCACGUCUUAGAAACCAAAGUUAUGUUUGCCAUUAAAGAAGCUCAAGAAUGUGUCAUUAGUGAAUACUUGUGUGAGUCUGACUGGAGGAGGAACUCUUUGAUCCCAUCUGCCUGCCUAAAAACUCCACAACAUAUUUUCCAACUUGCUGUAAAAGUUGACAUUCAAUCUGCAAGGCAGGAAGAAAAAAAAAAAAAAGAAAGAAAAGACAAUGUGCCCUCUGUUCAGGGCUCAUAUUCUCUGGGGAACAUUAUAAUCAGUUGUUGCCAAGCCAAACCUCUGUUCCAAUCAUAUGUGUUGAGACAGUAACCUGAUUUUGCAUUUAAUGAGAGAUAUUAUUCUACACUUUUUUUUUUUUUUAUGUUUACAUUCCCAAAUAAGGGUGACACACUGGAUUUCUUUUCUCUGUCAGGUCUCUCUUUCUUAAUGGUGGUUUUGUUUUAGCUUGCCCUCACGAUGCAUUCACCACAGAGUCUCGUGGGCACGUCUGCUUCGCAUUGUGAAGCGGAGCGAGUCCCAUUUACCUUUCAUUCUGCGUGGGGGGUAAAGGAAAUAGCAAAUGAAUGUUAGCAAACAACAACAUGUUAUCCCGUUAUUUCUUUUCUGAAGAAUCCCAAAAAGAUGCAAAAAUGUUGUGAAUGUAUGAUUGAAAGUGUCACUUGCAGGACUGCACAUUUCUGACAGUUUUGUUUACCAAAGGAAUACAAUUGAAUUGAAGAAAAAAAAAGAAAGAUUUGCUGUAUUGUGUAUAAAGUGAUGUUUAUUCAGUAUUUUAACAUUACAAGUGACUUCAGAGGGCGCUACCUCAACAGGAUUUUGUACUUACACGUAAAAUGUCAACAGCAGUUUAUUGAUAUAGUGCUGCCAUUUAUAAUAAGGGUUUUGAUAGGUAUUUUUGAUCUUUGUAUAACAUAAUUGUAUUUUCAUUUUGUUGCAUUUAACAUAAUGGAAGUAAGUUUCCAAGAAGCUAUAAGCAUUGCUCACCAGAAGGUGAGCCUGUCUGUAAAUAGUGAUAUACCCAUACUUUUGAAAGUUUAGUUGUUCAAUGUUGCAUUCUUGAGAGUGUGCAAGAGAGUGGAUAUUGAAAAAAAAAAAAAGCUGAUAAAAUUUGCCACUUUUAACAGAGGUUUUUUUUUUUUGGAUUAAAUGAAUAAGAGAAAAAGAAACACUGUUGAACUUUGUUAUUUAUAUUUUACCACAAUUUCCUGUAUGCUGCUGUGCAGAAUAACAACAUAUAAAUACACUAGAGAAAUAAAAACGUAUGAAAUAUUUGGAGCC